CGUGACUUCCUGUGAAAAUAGAAACUGAAACUAACUUUGUUCUUCUUUGGAUCAGCCUUCAUUUGAGCGGAGGAUGGAAAUAACUUGUUGACUUGUUAAUAGAGAGGAAGACUACAGAGACGGUGAGGACAACUGGUCACGUGAAAACUAAACACCUGAGCAGGAGGCCAGAUGCAUUUCUGGAGGAGCUUUCUUCAGCUAAUGCUAGUGGGAGCAGCAACACAAUACUGUCCCAAUGGCAACAAACAAGAUUUAAAGAUGUUCAAGUUUUCAUAUCAGUCCGAAGGAAAUCUGAUCUUAGAAUGACUGGCAGUCAGACUCAAUUCUUAACAGGAACACAGACAAAUUUGAGAAAAGAUGGCGCAGCAUCAGGAAGUGAAUUUUGAGGAAAAACUUUUCCAGGUUCGCAUUGAGUUUGUGGAGAGAGUUUCUGAGGAAAUCCUGAAUCAGCUUCUCGAUCGCCUUGAGAAAGAUGGCAUCUUCAAAUGUUCGGAGAAAGAGGAAAUACUUCAGAAGAACCAAACCAGAGCAAACAAGGCCCGUGGCACCAUCGAUGCUGUGAGAAUGAAAGGACAGAGAGCCUCCAGAUUGAUGAUCAAACAUCUUGACUUCAUAGAUCCUACCCUGUCCAAGCAGCUGAAUUUGUCCUCCAACUCCUCUGAUUUAGAUUUUGAUGAUCGAUGUCAACAUGACCUCAAAGAGUCUCUAAAGAAUGCCUUCGAAUCUAUCUGUGAAGUCAUUGCAAUACGUGGAGAGAAAACAUUUCUGAAUGAUAUUUAUACAGAGCUCUACAUCUUGGAAGGAGGAACUGGAGGGGUCAACCAGGAACAUGAGGUCAGACAGAUUGAAACAGCAUCCAGUAAUCAAGGAACAAAAAUAAAACUGGAAGACAUCUUUGAACCCAACCCUGCUAGAAAGCAACGGAUCAGAACAGUGAUGGCCAUGGGAGUGGCUGGCAUUGGGAAAACAAUGUUAACACAGAAGUUCACUCUGGACUGGGCUGAAGGCCAAACCAACCAGAACAUUGACUUCAUAUUUCCAUUUACUUUCAGAGAGCUGAAUAACUUGAAAGAAGAAGCUUUCAGUUUAGUGGAACUGAUUCAUCACUUCUUUGACAAUAUUAAAGAUGCAGGAAUCUGCAACUUUAAAAAGUUCCAUGUUCUCUUCAUCCUAGAUGGUUUGGAUGAGAGUCGACUUUGUCUGGACUUCAAGAAGAAUCCAGUCCUGACUGAUGUUAAAAAGUCAACUUCACUGGAUGUUCUGCUGACAAACCUCAUCAUGGGGAAACUGCUUCCCUCUGCUCUCCUCUGGAUAACCACACGACCUGCUGCAGCCAGUUUGAUCCCAGAUAAGUCUAUUGACAGGGUCAUAGAGGUCAGAGGGUUCACUGACCCCCAGAAGGAGGAAUACUUCAGGAAAAGAUUCAGUGAUGAUAAGGAGAAGGCCGACAGGAUCAUCUCCCACAUCAAGAAAUCAAAAAGUCUCCACAUCAUGUGUCACAUUCCAGUCUUCUGCUGGAUCACUGCUAAUGUUCUGGAGAAUGUGAUGAAGAUCAGAGUUGGAAGAGAGCUGCCCAAGACCCUGACUGAGAUGUACAUAGAGUUCCUGCUGAUUCAGCUCACCAUCAAGGAGGACAAGUAUGAAGAAGAACCAGAGAAUAGGAAGCUGAUUGAGUCUUUAGGAAGACUGGCUUUUGACCAGCUGCUGAAGGGAAACCUGAUCUUCUACAACAAAGACCUCAAACAGUGCGGGAUCAACAUCAAAGAUGCUGCGUUGUUCUCAGGAGUGUUCACUCAGAUGUUUAAAAAGGAGAAAGGGAUGCGCAACGUCUCAGUCUAUUGCUUUGUUCAUCUGAGCAUCCAGGAGUUUCUGGCUGCAGUCUACAUGCUCCACUGCUUCACUGGCAGGAACUCAGAGGUGAUCCAGACGUUCCUGGGAGAAGAAUACAGAGAAACAUCUCUAGAUGAGUUCAUGAAGAAAGUCAUGGAGAAAUCCCUCAGAAGUAAAAAUGGCCACCUGGACUUGUUUGUCCGCUUCCUUCAUGGUCUCACUGUGGAGUCCAACCAGAACCUCUUAGAAGAUCUGCUGGGUCAGAGAGAGAACAGUCCAGAAACCAUCCAGAGAAUCAUCACCAACCUGAAGGAGAUGAACACUGGUAGAAUCUCUCCUGACAGAAGCAUCAACAUCUUCUACUGUCUGAUGGAGAUGAACGAUCUCUCAUUUUAUCAGGAGAUCCAACGGCUGCUGGAUUCAGGGAAGGAGCUCUCAGUGACUGACUGUUCAGCUCUGGCCUUCAUUCUGCAGAUGUCAGAGGUUCUGGAUGAGUUGGACCUGGAGAAGUACAACACAUCAGCAUCAGGACGACUGAGACUCCUUCCAGCUGUGAGGAACUGCAGAAAGGCUCGACUUGGUGGCUGUAAGCUCCAAAAGGCUGAAUGUGAAGUUUUGGCUUCAGCUCUGAAGUCCAACCCAGAUCUGACUGAACUGGAAAUCAGUGAGAUCUUCAUAGAUGGAGGUGGAGACUCUGAUAUGAAACCUGUCAUUGAGAUCCUGGAGAGUUCAGUCAGUAAAGUGAAGAGUUUGAGAUUGGAGAACUGCAGGUUGUCAGAGACCAGCUGGACUUCUCUGUUCUCAGCUCUGAAGUCCAAACCGACCCAUCUGACAGAACUGGACCUGAGCAACACCAACCUGGAAGAUUCUGUAGUGAAGGAUCUCUGUGGUUUUCUACAGACUGAAGGCUGCAGACUGGAGAGAUUGAGAUUGAAGGACUGCAGUUUGUCAAAGAUCAGCUGUGAUUAUUUGGCUUCAGCUCUGAAGUCCAACAGCCUCCAUCUGAAAGAACUGGACCUGAGAGGAAACGACCUGAAGGAUUCAGAUGUUCACCAGCUGGAGGAUCUUGUAGAGAAUGUACAGUAA